GUAAAACAACGUGAGGUCAAACUACGUAGAAACGAGUGUAAUGGGCACAUUAAAACAAAACAAAAAAAAAAAACAAAAAAGGAAGAGCGCACACUAUUGAAAUCGUUUCUUUUUUUUAAUGUGCCCAUUACACUCGUUUCUACGUAGUUUGAGCGCACGUUGUUUUGCUAGCCAUAGGAAAGUUAUGGCGUCAGGUGGGCGAGAGGCACGGAGGAUGACAUGCCGCGGGAGCGAAAUAGGAUCACUGUUCGUGAAUUCAGGAGGCACCAGAACUGGACCAAGUCACCAAAGUGUGCGACGUCCUCAAGAUAAGCAACACAUCACGACGUAGACAUAGCGAUACCGCUCGGACCUUCGCAGAAAUGCUCGAGUUUUGGACGAUUAUAAUCUCCCCAGUCCUGCUUUUUAUUUACCUUUCCGGAGGCCCUCGACAGAGGAAGCCGGCGGGGGCGCGGACAUCAACAGGGACUCGUCCCGCUGAGAUUCAUGCGCGUAAACACCAGAUGGUCGAGGUUGGUGGGUGUCAUCACAUCGGAGAGGGGAUUAGAGGAGAGAGGUUGUCUUCCAGGAGCUGUGUGGUCCUCCCCAUUCCUGCCUCCUCACCGCCAUCAAGUCCUCUAUGAGCGCAGGGAACAUUCGCGGGAUUCCUUUUGCCGCGCGCUGCCCCGUCAGUUGACAGCAGUAGGGUGCGAGUGAGCGGGCCAGGUGGACUUCCCUCCCCCUCCGACUGGACUAACUGCUCCCUGAACAUCCAUCCAAAAAUGCUGCCGCGGUGGCUGUCCUGCCUGGCCCUCCUAUCGUCUCUGGCCUGGGGUCCGAGCACCUCGGCCUACGCCACCACCCGGUCUCAGGGCCUCAGGGGCCGCAUCCAGAGGGACCGCCGGAACAUCCGGCCCAACAUCAUCCUCAUCAUGACUGACGACCAGGAUGUGGAGCUGGGCUCCCUGCAGGUAAUGAACAAAACCCGCAAGAUCAUGGAGGACGGCGGCACCACGUUCACCAACGCCUUCGUCAGCACGCCCAUGUGCUGCCCGUCUCGCUCCUCCAUGCUGACCGGCAAGUACGUCCACAACCACAACACCUACACCAACAACGAGAACUGCUCGUCGCCCUCCUGGCAGGCCCAGCACGAGCCGCGCUCCUUCGCCGUCUACCUCAACAACACCGGCUACAGGACAGCAUUCUUUGGCAAGUACCUCAACGAGUACAACGGCAGCUACAUCCCACCUGGGUGGCGCGAGUGGGUCGGGCUGAUCAAAAAUUCCCGUUUCUACAAUUACACCGUCUGCCGGAACGGCUACAAGGAGAAACACGGCGCAAGUUACGCAAAGGACUAUUUCACCGACCUCAUCACCAACGACAGCGUCAACUUCUUCCGCAUGUCCAAGAGGAUGUACCCGCAUCGCCCGGUGAUGAUGGUCAUCAGCCACGCCGCCCCCCACGGCCCUGAAGACUCGGCCCCGCAGUACGCCGAGUUUUUCCCCAACGCCUCCCAACACAUCACUCCAAGCUACAACUACGCCCCCAACAUGGACAAGCACUGGAUCAUGCAGUACACGGGGCCCAUGAAGCCCAUCCACAUGGAGUUCACCAAUUUCCUCCACCGCAAGAGGCUGCAGACGCUCAUGUCGGUGGAUGACUCCGUGCAGAAGGUUUACGACAUGUUGGAGGAGACGGGCGAGCUGGACAACACAUACAUCAUCUACACUGCCGACCACGGUUACCACAUCGGGCAGUUCGGGCUGGUCAAAGGCAAGUCCAUGCCGUACGACUUUGACAUCCGCGUGCCGUUCUUCCUGAGAGGCCCCAACGUGGAGUCCGGUGCAGUAAAUCCUCAUCUAGUACUCAAUAUCGACCUCGCGCCUACCAUCCUCCACAUUGCCGGGCUAGACACGCCUUCGGACAUGGACGGAAAGUCCAUCCUGAAGCUACUGGAGCAGGAAAAGACCGGCAAUAGAUUCAAACCCAACCGGAAACCCAAAGUCUGGAGGGACACAUUCCUCGUCGAGCGAGGCAAGAUCCUGAGGAAAAAGGAUGACUCUGCGAGCACCCAGCACACCAACAGCCUGCCCAAGUACAUGAAGGUGAAGGAGACGUGCCAACAAGCCGAGUUCCAGACGGCCUGUGAGCAGCCGGGACAGAAGUGGCACUGCGUGGAGGAGAUCACGGGCAAGUGGAGGAUACAGAAGUGCAAGGGGGGCUCCAAGGAGGGGCCCCGCAAGAGGGCCCGCAGCCUGAGGCCCCGCAGCAGCUACGACGCCCAGGAAAGGGGCUGCGACUGCUCCGCCGCCCUCUACAAGGCCUCCAGGAUGGAGCGGCGCUCGCACCGCCAGACCUCACCUGGCCUGCGUUAUCGCCCACGUUUCGUGCACACGCGGCCCACCAGGUCCCUCUCGGUGGAAUUCGAGGGGCAGAUCUACGACGUGGACCUGCACGCCGACGACCGCAGCGCCGUGCGCCGCCGCGUCAUCGCCAAGCGCCACCACGCCCCCGCGGACGAGCCGGACUUCGACUCGGGGUCGGACGACGGCUCCGAGGAGAUGCUGGCGGACGACACCAACGCGGUGGGUUACCCCAAGUCCCUGAAGGUCACGCACAAGUGUUACAUCCUGAUGAACGACUCGGUCCACUGCGAGAGGGAAAUCUACCAGUCGUCCAGGGCCUGGAAGGACCACAAGAGCUACGUGGACCAAGAGAUCGAAGCACUUCAAGACAAAAUCAAAAAUCUGCGGGAGGUCCGAGGCCAUCUAAAGAGAACCCGGCCAGACGAAUGUGACUGUGGAAAGAAAAGUUUUUACGGCAAAGGGGACAGAAGCAAGGCCGAGAGGCUGAAGAACAGAAACGAUCAACUGCAUCCGUUCAGGGAGCCGGCGCACGAGUUGGACAGCAAGGCGCAAAUGUACAACGAAAUCCGCCGUCGCAAAAAGGAGCGCAAGGAGAAGAAGCGCCUGAGGAAGGGCGACGACUGCAGCCUGCCGGGCCUCACCUGCUUCACGCACAACAACGACCACUGGCAGACCGCCCCCUUCUGGUCACUGGGCGGCUUCUGCGCGUGCACCAGCUCCAACAACAACACGUACUGGUGCCUGAGGACCAUCAACGAGACGCACAACACACUCUUCUGCGAGUUCUCCACCGGCUUCCUGGAAUACUUUGACCUCAACAGCGACCCCUACCAGCUGAACAACGGCGUGUACGAGGUGGACCGCGACGUGUUGAACUCUCUUCACGGCCAGCUGAUGGAGAUGCGGAGCUGCCAGGGUUACAAACAGUGCAACCCCAGGCCCAAAGGCUCGGACGCUGUGCACUCUGGGACGGACGACAGGGUUAAACUCCCCAACCUGACGGACGAGGACGUCAAUUGGCAGCGACUGGAGGACCUGUACAGCAUCAACGAAAGCCUUUACGACUGGAGGCCCGACUACAGCCCGGGGCCGGACGACUGGGCCAACUUCCGCAAGGACGUGGACCGCCUCUUUGCACCGACGCAACUUUUUGACCCGAUCCCGAUGUUGGACGAGCCGGGCUCUGGGGGCGGAGCCUUUGAAGCGGGCAGCGGGGAAGCGCCCGGGGCCGUCCUCGGCGCCGUGCCGACGUCGGCGUCCUCGCCACAGAACACGCCAGACCCCCUCGACGACGACCUUCCCGGGAGGCAGACGGUCCGACCCCCGGGCGUCCUUCCCAGCUCCGGCCUCGUGCCGACACCCUUACCCGUGCCCUCGCUCCAGAAGAAACAAGAUUCCGCCGUCGACGACCUUUCCGCGAGGCAAACGGAUCGACCCCGGGAGUCACGGGGGCGACUCGAGGGGGCCGUCGGCCAAACGCCGACGCCCUCGUCCGAUCCCGCGCCGCAGAAAGAAACGGAUCAGACAGUCCCGCCCCGAGGCCUGACCCCAACGCCCUCAUCCGAGAGAUUAGAAUCGGCUGCCAAAGACCAUCCCAGGAGGCAGACAGACCGGCCCCGGGUUGCAGGGUCGCGGCCCCAGAGCGGCAACCCCGUUGCCGUUUUGCCCGGCCUCGCGUCGGCGCCCUCGUCCGCUCCUUCCCUGAAGAAGAACCCGCACGCCGUUGUCGAAGACCCCCCCAAGAGGCAAAGGGGCCGCCCCCGGGUACCGGGGCGGAACGUCCGGCCCCGGGUGCGACAGCUCGAGGAGCUGGACGGAGACGCGUUCAGCGGCGAGGGCCCGGUUGAGCUCGACGCGCGGCACGACGCCCUCCUGCGCGCUCACGACGGCCCCUGGCCCCGCCCGGGCCGCCCCGACCCCGCCCCCGCCCCCAGUCAAAAUAACGACGAAGUGGACAUUUUCCAGGACCGAGGCUUCCUCCCCGUGAGGAGCCCCCCCGUGUCGGAUCACGAGGGCAGCGGCUCCCUGCCUCGGACGAGCCAUCCGCAACUUUGACGAGACGCGUGACUGACGCCUCAGUCAUUCAGACUCUGAAAGUUAUUUUUUUACAUUAUUAAUGUUAUUAUUAUAUUAUUAGCUGACAGUGUUAUGAUUGCUUUUUCUUUUUUUAUUAAAAAAAAAGUAUAUAUAUAUAUAUAUAUAGAGAGAGAGAGAAGAGAGAGAGAAAAGCCUUAAUGCAGCUACGUGUUGGGAUUGGAAUGGAAUAAUUCCAUUUUUUUUUUUUUUUUUUUUUUUUUUUUUUAGGAGCAUGACGGCGCUCCACAGAGGUUAGCAGAAAAAAAAAAAAAUCACUAACCGGAUGCACUUUGGAGCUUUUUCUUUUUUCAAUUUUAUUUCCUCCAUUUUUAAAUAUUUGCUGAAUGCUUCGGUACGAGUUUUUCCGUUGUUGUUGUUUGGUUUUCCACUGGCUCGGCUCACAAAAUGUUGAAUUAUUGACUUAUUUGAUUAUUGACACGUAUAAACACUUGAAAUUGUGAGUGUGUGUGUGUAUGUGGUGUGUGUGUGUUUGCAGGUCCGGAAGUGUGACCGUCGCGUGUGUUGAAAAAUCGGUGCAGUCGCCGCGACCCUCGAUUGGAUUAUCGCUCAACUUUAUUGACAAUUCUAAAGUCGACAUCACAACACAUUUUGGUUGCAGUGGUGAAUGAUGAGCUAAAAUUCAAUCAUUUUUUUAUUUUUUUGCACAUCCGUUUGUGGCGACUCGUAAAUGCAGCCGGUGGGUGCGCUUGUGUGAGUGCGGGCGGAUGCCGAUCGCUGGAAAGCCAUGACGAUAAAAGAAAAAAAAUAGAAAUAAAAAAAAAAAAAAAAACAUUUCUCAAG